CAUUUGAAUUUGCGCUUUGGGGACCUGGCCACUUGCCCUCUAGCCAAAGCAAUCUGGAGGACUUCUAAAAUAUAUAUAUAUUUUUAACCCCCUAAAAUGUUAUUGCUCUAGUUCAGAAGCUUGGGCUUUUUUCGUUGCUGUUUCUCCAUGUAGCAAUGAUUUCUCGCUGGCUGGGUUUAGGGGCCUGGAUGGUGCCAGGCAUAGAGAGUACAGACUGGGGUACCGAGCUCCUCGGAAGGUCUGGGACGACAGGCUGGCAGGGAAGUUGUCCGGGGGCCUGGCUCAGUCAGUCGCCAGCCCCCUGGGGCCUAGGUCCUUCCUCCUGAGAGCCUCGUCUAGCUCACUUCGGAAGCCGACUUAAGGAAGCCCAGGAGGCCUAGGGCGCCUCUGCACCGUGGUCCCCACGCCGGGCUGGACACAGCAGAGAUGUAACAUAAACUUCAGCACGUGGAGUUGGGGUGUUAUUAAUUUAUUUCUAUAAAUCAUCAACAGAAAGUACACAAAGAGCGUGAUUAGGUUGAAAAGAGAGGCGGGUUAUUCAUUGGUGAAGUUGUAAACGCGGCUUAGAAAGGGAAGGAAAUCAAAACGCAGGAGGGGGUGCUCGCAGGGCACACGCACGGAGCUACGGGGAGCUCCCCCAGGUCCCCGGGUUGCUCCAGGAAGCCGACACCCGCAGAGCUCUGCGGGUGCAGAGCCAGUCGGAAUCGGGAGUCUUAGGACCUGGGCCUUCUUCCCACCCCCAAGCCACGGGGAGCAGGAGAGGAGCUCAGACUGUAGCUGGGGUGAGGACCCAGGACACACCCUGAAGCUUUGUCCCAUUCGCAAGCUGGUGCCGCCUUCCCUCCCCUGGGCCUGGAGCGUCCGACUUUAUUAAAGUAAUUUUUCAAGAAAUUGCUAGCGGCUCUCAGGUCACUGCACAGCCGACUACAGGUGAGGACCCAUGGAGGGCCGCCAAAAUGAUCAAGGGAUACAUGCAACAGCACAACAUCCCCCAGAGGGAGGUGGUUGAUGUCACAGGCCUGAACCAAUCCCACCUCUCUCAACACCUCAACAAGGGCACCCCCAUGAAGACCCAGAAGCGAGCUGCCCUGUACACCUGGUACGUCAGAAAGCAACGGGAGAUCCUCCGACAGUUCAACCAGACAGUCCAGAGCUCUGGAAACAUGACAGACAAAAGCAGUCAGGAUCAGCUGCUAUUUCUCUUUCCAGAGUUCAGUCAACAGAACCAGGGCCCUGGGCAGUCGGAGGACGCCUGCUCUGAGCCCACCAACAAGAAGAUGCGCCGCAACCGGUUCAAAUGGGGGCCCGCAUCCCAGCAAAUUUUGUACCAGGCCUACGACCGGCAAAAGAAUCCCAGCAAGGAAGAGAGGGAGGCCUUAGUGGAGGAGUGCAACAGGGCAGAAUGUUUGCAACGAGGGGUCUCCCCCUCCAAAGCCCAUGGCCUAGGCUCCAACUUGGUCACGGAGGUCCGUGUCUACAACUGGUUUGCAAACCGCCGGAAGGAAGAGGCAUUCAGACAGAAGCUGGCCAUGGAUGCCUAUAGCUCCAACCAGACGCACAACCUGAACCCCCUGCUCACCCAUGGCUCCCCUCACCACCAGCCAAGCUCCUCUCCACCCAACAAGUUGUCAGGAGUGCGCUACAGCCAACCGGGAAACAAUGAGGUCACUUCCUCUUCGACAAUCAGUCACCAUGGUAACAGUGCCAUGGUGACCAGCCAGUCAGUUUUACAGCAAGUCUCCCCGGCCAGCCUGGACCCAGGCCACAGUCUCCUCUCACCUGACAGUAAAAUGCAGAUCUCGGUGUCUGGAGGAGGACUGCCCCCGGUCAGCACCUUGACGAAUAUCCACAGCCUCUCCCACCACAAUCCCCAGCAAUCUCAAAACCUCAUCAUGACCCCCCUGUCCGGAGUCAUGGCCAUUGCACAGAGCCUCAACACCUCCCAAGCCCAGGGUGUCCCAGUCAUCAACAGUGUGGCUAGCAGCCUGGCAGCCCUACAGCCCGUCCAGUUCUCUCAACAGCUGCACAGCCCUCACCAGCAGCCCCUCAUGCAGCAGAGCCCAGGCAGUCACAUGGCCCAGCAGCCCUUCAUGGCCGCGGUGACUCAGCUACAGAACUCCCACAUGUAUGCACAUAAGCAGGAACCCCCUCAGUAUUCCCACACCUCCCGGUUCCCAUCUGCGAUGGUGGUCACAGAUACCAGUAGCAUCAAUACCCUCACCAGCAUGUCUUCCAGUAAACAGUGUCCACUGCAAGCCUGGUGAUACCCACAUAACCACUCACUUUGUGCACAGCAACGAGGACCCCAUUUUCCACACCAUCAGUCUCUGGGCAUCUGUCAUAGAGAAGUCCAGCGACCUGACAGGCACCUGGGAAGCCAGGAGAGAUCCCUGCUUACCUGACAUCCUGCCGGGGACCUCCGACAAGCCCAAGCCACUCUCAGGAGGUGCAGCCUGAAGCCCAGCUUCUCUUCUUUGCAGUAUUGUCGUAAUGCCUCUCCCAAGAUGCCAAGUGCCCUUGUUUCUCCCAGAGGUGGCCGGUGCAAAAUGGUGCAACAGGAAUCGAGAAGCCCAUGGAGUUUCCGCUGCAAUCCGUCAUUGAACAAACUGAUGCAAAAACUUGAAUCUGUUACUGAAAUAAGAUGAGGACUGAGGAGGGUGUGUGCUACUGAACUGAGCCGGACACUGUAAAUAACUGACAGACCCCCCUCUCCCAUCCCAGAUGAUCUCAAGAUUUCUUCUAAAGAAGUAAAUUUGUCCAAUGGUGUAAACUAUCAACUACUGUAAUUAAGUGCAAUUUUCCUUCCACGUAUCUACCCCUGCCCUGUAUAUAAUACUAAAGUGUCUAUCACUUUUCUUUGUAAAGGUCAGAGUUGAAAUUCCAAGAGUGACUUGCUCCCUCCCCCUUCUCCACCGAAAACCACCCAAAGUGGGAAAUGAAUCUCUUCACCAGCACCCCUCUGGCCACAGGCAAAGUAUGCCACAGGCCUCUGACAUACUUUGGACAGACUGCUAGCUAACACCCACCACCCCCAUGUUAAGACACAUCUCUGGAUCCCUAGAGGGGUGGGACAUAGUGGAAGCAAGACGCCCUAGCUUCCUGUGGGCCUAGGCGGGGACACUGACUGGCUGAUGGCCAUCUCAGGAAGCUUCCCAUUAAAGCAAUUUAUUUUGUCACUGCU